CGAGGAGGAAUAAAACAGAAAUAGAAAUAGAAAUAUAAAUAGAAAUCCAAAUAGGAAUAGAAAUAGAAACAGAUUGGAGCAAACAAAAGACACACAUGUGCUGUGUGUCCCAAAUAAAAUCAGAGAAAAUGCGACGAAAUCUGCAGCAUGCAUUAAACAACAGCCCGGCGCACAUACAAUAUUCAAACUAAGUGAGCUCUCGAGUCCGGCACUUCGCAAGGAGUCCUCCGCUCUGCCCGUAGAGUCCUGCGCUGCUCCUGGUCCUGGUCCUCGUACUGGUCCUCCGCACCGGAUCCUGGAGAGAGAUGCCGCCUGUGGAACCCUGGCUGGGGGGCGACUCCUGUUCCUGGCUGGGGAUGCUGCGGCUCCGGCUGCAUAAAUCAAACAUGGACUUCACGUGCCUCCUGUGCUGCAGCCUGGCCUUCGUCCUGUAUCUGAACACCCUGGGCGCUGGCUUCGUCUACGACGACAGACGCGCCAUUUUGGCCAAUGCGGAUGUCUCGGGCGGAACUCCGUGGCAGCGGAGCUUCUCGAACGACUUCUGGGGCACUCCGCUGACGGACAGCGGAUCCCACGGCUCCUGGCGACCGCUGUGCGUGCUCAGCUUCCGGCUGAACUACCUCAUGGGCGGCGGCUUUGCGCCGUGGGGCUUCCACCUGGUCAACAAUCUGCUGCACUGUGUGGCCACGGCUCUGGUGGUGCGGGUGGCGCGCACCCUGCUCGCCUCCGUGUGGGCGGUCCUGGCCGCCGGCGCCCUCUUCGCCGCCCACCCCAUUCACACGGAGGCGGUGGCCGGCGUGGUGGGUCGGGCGGACGUGGCCGCCUGCGUGUGCUACCUGCUCACGUCCCUCAGCUCCCGGCGGCACAUGGGGGGGCGCGAAGGGGGGGACCCCCGCCAGUGGCUGGCCCUGGGAGCCACCUUGGUCCUGGCCGCAGCCGGCCUCCUCUGCAAGGAGACGGCCAUUACGGCGCUGCUGGUCUGCGCCCUCUUCGACGUGAUGCGCGGUCUCGGCGGGCAGGUGGACAAGCAACGCCUACGCUCCGUGUGCAUAGUUCUGGGAGCGCUGUUCUGCAUGGCCUACUGCCGCCUGGUGAUUGUCCCUGGACCGCAGACGGCCUUCUCCAGCGCGGACAACCCCAUUGCGAGGACGCCCUCCGCCUGGACGAGACUGCUGACCUUCCUCUACCUGCCCGUCUUCAAUCUGCGCCUGUUGCUGCAGCCGAGCGUGCUGAGCUUCGACUGGGGCAUGGAUGCCCUGCCCAGAGUCACCUCCUUGUGGGAUCGCCGCAAUGCGCAGUCCGCCUGCUUCUACUCCGUGCUGGUGGGCGUGGCGUGGCGCAGCUGCAGACAACUGCUGAGCGGAUCGAAGGAGCUGACCCCCAGUGGAGUGGGCGCCACGUUCCCGCAGUACCACAUCCAGAAGGUGGCCAGUCGCAAGUCGCGCUCCAAGCGCAAGCGGAUGGCCAGCAACACCAAGUACCAAGCCUUUGAGGCAGCCUAUCAUCACCAGCAACAGCAGGAAGCGCUUCCAUGUCGCGAUUGCAACAACAACAACAGCAGUGGCUACGUCUACGAGGGCAGCACCCCCGUGCCACCAGCCCCAGCCCAAAACCCUCACCUCGUGUCUUCCGCCUUCCGCGGCUCCCGCAGCAGCAGCAGCUGCAGCAACAGCACCAACAGCUCCAGCUCCAGCGCCUCCAGCUCCUCCAGCUCGAGUUCCAGCAGCAGCAGCAGCAGCAGCUCCAGCUUGAGUGGCGGCUUCCAGUGCUCCUCCAAGGACUACGCGCUGGAGGGGAUGUCGUCCGCCAAUCGGAACGCUUGCGUGCUCCUCAUGUCCCUUGGCUUCCUGGCACUGCCCUUCCUGCCCGCCAGCAACCUCUUGUUCUACGUGGGAUUCGUGGUGGCCGAGCGACUCCUGUACCUGCCCAGCGUCGGCUUCUGCCUGCUGGUGGGCUACGGGGUCGCCAAGCUGAUGGCCUGCAGCCCGAGGACUCGCAACACCCUGCUCCUGAGCUUCAGCGUCCUGCUGGCUGCCAUGAGCCUGCGCACUCUGCGGAGGAACGCCGAUUGGCGGGACGAGGAGAGCCUCUACCGCAGCGCCAUUGCCAUCAAUCCGCCAAAGGCGCUGGGCAAUCUGGGCAGCGUGCUCAGCUCACAGGGGCGAUACGAGGAGGCCAAGCAGGUCCUGCAGGAGGCCAUUCGCCUCAGGCCCAACAUGGCGGAUGUGCACUUCAAUCUGGGCAUCCUGCACCAGAAUCAGCAGGUGUAUACCGCAGCCGUCGAGUGCUUUCAGCGCGCCAUCAAGUUUCGACCAAAUCUGGCGGUGGCGUACCUCAACCUGGGCAUAUCAUUCAUAGCGCUGGGCAAGCGGCAGCAGGCCAUCGAAGUUCUGCAGGCGGGCUCCAACCUGGAUGGCGCUUCUGUGCGAGAUCGCACCGCUCAUGACCAGGCGCGCAGCUCGGCCUACCUGCAGCUGGGCGCGCUCUACGUGGAGCAGGGCAAGCUGCAACGUGCGCUGGCCAUCUACCGGGAGGCACUGUCCUCGCUGCCGGGACUGCCGCAGCAGCGGGAGGUGCUCUACCAGCGAAUGGGCGAUGUCCUCGGCCGCCUGCAGCAGUGGGACGAGGCGGAGCGACACCACCGCGCCGCCCUGGAGCUGCAGCCCAACCAGGUGGCCGCCCAUCUCUCCUAUGGCAUCACGCUGGCCAGAAAUAGCAGCCGCGCCUCGGAGGCGGAGAUGUGGUUCAAGCGAGCUCUGAAACUGGCGCCCGAACAGGCCAGUGUGUAUCACCAUUAUGCCGAAUUCCUCUCGCUGCAGGCGCGACAUCAUGAGUCCGCCAUCUACCAUCGCCGAGCCGCGGAGUUGGCGCCCAACGAUUAUGCGCUGGUGGUGGCCGCUGCCACGGCGAUGCGGCUGCUGGACAGGAAAGCGGAGGCGGAGAUGUGGUACAGAAAGGCGGUGGCCCUGCGACCGGACGAUGCCCAUGCCCACACCAAUCUGGGCGCCAUACUGCAUCUGCUGGGACGCACGAACCACGCGGCAGCUAGCUACAAGGCGGCCCUGCGACUUCAGCCCGGCGAUGCCAUCACGCUGGGCAACCUGGCCAAGCUGGGUGUCACGAAUGUCUAGCCACUGCGGUGGUCACCGUAGCCAGCCAGCUCCAGCUAACGAAUAAGUUUAUAGGCCAAAGAGCAGAGAUAUUUUUAUAUAGGAAUGGGUGUGGUGAGGAGAGAGAUAGGGAAGGGAGAAGCGUUAGAUAACUCUACAGAAUUUAUACAAAGGACUUCGAUACAUAUGUAUAUCAUUAGCAGCUGGCAGCCGUGUAAAUAUCCAAGCAGCGACCAAAACUGUCACAAAAUAGAUAGAGAUACCAAGAUGCAGAGAUACCGAAACGGAGCGGAAAGAUUGAGCUACAGAUACAGAUACAGAUGGAAUCAGCGGAGAAUCAGAGCGACAGAGAGAACAAUAAUUAAAAUAUCUAACUGUUAAGGGAACGAGUUACUGUACAGCUAUAGGAGCAAGGUGGAUCCGUGGGAACGAUGAUUGGGUAACUACUCGUAAUGUAACGUGCUUAAAUAUCCGUGUAAAAUACUGUACAUAUGAGACACCCACACCCACACCCAGUGAGGUGAGGUGUGGGUCAUAUUAUUGACUAUAUAUAUACAUACGAUAUGACUUGGCUUCUCCAGAUUGUUUUGUCCGUUGUGUACAUGUACAUUUUAGUUAAGCGAAUAAAGA